AUGGAUUCCUGUGAAACAAGUGAUGUCGAAUGGAAUGAUCCUGAUAAUACAUAUGUUUGUCUAGAUAGCGAUUUCAGUUUGGCAACUGAUAAUGUUAGUGAGACGUCUUUAGUAUCUAAUAUCAAUGAUGAUAAUAGUUAUAAGUUCCUUUUUAAUUAUGAAGCAUUUCAAAAAACUCAUGAAAGUAUACAUUAUAUUGAUGAUGAUGUUACUACGAAUGACAUAAAGGAUGAUUCAUCAUUUAUAAGUUCAGAAAGAAAUAGCAACGAUUUUAAUGCACAAGAAGAGGAUUAUGAAAUUGAUGAUAUUUUAUUAAGAUUCAUUUGUUCUAAAUGUUUUCAAAGCGAAGGAGGUCAUCUGUUUGAGAGAAAAGGAACUGGUGUUAAAAGCUAUACUUGCCAUGACCAGCACGUUGAUGAAAAUAAAAAUGCACUUAUUUUACUUGGACGAUGGUUAACUGCUAUUGCAGAAUCUAAUGAUGAAGAAUUAAAGCAAGAUACUUUGAAUGAAAUGACCGUAGUUCUUAGUAAAGCAUAUCACCCAACAACUAAAAAUGAUAAACGAAAUAUUACAAAUCAACUAACACUAAUGCCUAGCCUAUUGUUGAUAAAAACAAUUAUGCAACUUAGAAAGGUUAAAAUCAAUAGGUUGAAAGAUGACUAUCAAUUAGAAAAAUUAUUAAUUUCAGAGGAUCAAAGCAAUAAACUUGGUGAGGCGUUUAGGCGUGCUAUAUGGAAUGUACGAUCAAAUAUAAUUCAAAAUAAAACAGUACUCAAGUCUCCUGAAUCGUUUGACCAGUAUCGUAAUGGAUUUCCGAAUUUUCUUAGAAAUUUUUUUGAUAGCUUUAUAACCUUCAUACAAAAAAAAAAAUAUCAAAUUUGUUUGAAGAAGCAAAAACAGCGAAAAGGUAAAAUUGAAGAAUUUGAUAGUUUGCCAAUUCCUCUAGAGAAAAUUUUUGCUAAAGCAAAAGCUUCACCGAAAGACUAUUUAUUUAAAAUUGGUACUUCAAUAUUUACAAAUCAAAUGAAUCUGGAAUUUGAAAAUACAUUUCAUAGUUUAUCAACACGUGAUGAAAAAGAACUUGACAUUGAUAAAGUAUUCGAAGAAUUAAUCAAACGUAUAGCGAUAAAACCAGGUUGUCAAGCAUUUACCCAACAAAAUUUUACUGAAUUAUUUAAAAAUGCAACUGAGUAUAUGGCAGAAGGAUUUAACAACCUUUUUACUUGUUAUAACCUUGGUAUUGAAAGAUUAAAAAAUAUUCAUUCUCAAGAAAUUACAAAAGAAAUUCCCUAUACUACUAAAGGACGAAGAGAAAAAAAUGUACGAACUAACAUGAUUAGUCAACAGAUUAAGACAGAAAAGCAUCGCAAAGAGAUUGAAAAACUAACCCGAUCACUUCAAAAAAAAGAACGUCAAGCAGAACCACACAACAACUUUACUAAUGAAAAAGUAGAAAACGUGGCUAAAAGAAAACGACGACAUCUGACAAAAUCAGAACAAGAAAUUUUUGCAAAAUUAAUUGAACUCAAUGAAUUAUCAGCAGAAGAGAUAUCAAGGGUAUUUGUAGAAAUUUGUACUUUACCAGAUACGAAGCCUGAAGAUUGGGACAUAAAAAGGAUUCGAAGUAUUUGGGGUCGAAAAAAAUCUGCAAAAAAAAAAAAGCAGAAUCUCAAUUUAAGCAAAAGCGUGAUUAGUUAA